GAGUCAGUGAGUAAUUGGUAAGCGAAAGGCAAAGCCAAAAACCUCGUUUUAUUCUUCUCGAUUUUCGAAAUAAGAAAAAGAAAAAAGAAAAAAGAAAAAAAGAAAAAUCCAAGUUCUUCACCGGUAUAAAAACCACCACCACCGGCUAAUUCACCAGAGAAACGUGAUCAAGCCAUUACAAACCAAACCGCCAUCACCUUCAACUUCACGCAGAAGGAAAAAAGAAAAAAAAUAUCAACAAAAGGAUGAGUCGGCCGGGGGAUUGGAAUUGCAGGUCUUGCAACCAUCUCAACUUUCAAAGGAGAGAUUCUUGUCAACGAUGUGGAGACCCUAGGGCCGACUUCGGCGGCGGAAGCUACGGCGGUGGACGAGUUGGUGGUUCUUCAUCCUUCGGUUUCACUACCGGCCCCGACGUCCGCCCUGGGGAUUGGUACUGCACCGUCGCUAACUGCGGCGCUCAUAACUUCGCUAGCCGCUCUAUCUGUUUUAAGUGCGGCGCCACCAAGGAUGAGACUUCCGCCGCCGCUUACGACGGCGAUUUGCCCAGAAUGAGAGGCUUUAACUUCGGCGGUGCCUCCAACCGCCCUGGAUGGAAAUCUGGUGAUUGGAUCUGUGCCAGAUCGGAUUGCAAUGAGCACAACUUUGCGAGUCGAAGGGAAUGCUUUAGAUGCAAUGCGCCAAGGGAUUCCAACAGCAAGUCACCAUACUCUUAAAGGUGGUGCCAAUGGAAGGAAUAAAUUCUAGCUAGAAAGAAGAGGAGAGUUUCCCAUGAUACCUGGAACGUCGUCGUUUUGAUUUUUCCUUUUUUUGUACCCUCUCUAUUUUUCAGUUUCAAAAGUGAUUUAAGUGUCUCCUUUUUGACGGGGGAGCUUUAAAUUUAGAAGAAGUAUGAGAUUUCUGCAUGCAUGCAGAAAAAAAAAAAAAAAAAACUUUGGCAGUACCAUUUUAAUUAAUUAAUGAGGCCCCCUAUCUUUGUAUCCAAUUUUCAAAUUUAUAUUAGUAACCUAUUUCAAAAAGGAAAAAAAAAUUAUAUUAGUACCCAUCUUUUAUAUUUUAA